AACCGAAGCGUCGUCUCACGAACGUUUACUUCAAACGAGAGCUUGCAGCCCUUUCUAUGCGCAGCGCGGUCUUUUCCUCUUACUUGCUCUCUAGUCUGCAGUUCUGAAAGACAAUUUAGUUGGAGACACGAGAUUCCUGAUAUGAUAUCCCUCUGCGUCUCUUGGUGAACGCAAGCGACAGAGUGCCUCUUCGUUGAAGAGAGACAGAAAGAGAGCGUGUGUGUGUGUGUGUUGUGUGUAUGUGUGUGCGAGAGUGAGAGAAAGCGUGGGAGAAGGGCCGAGUCAUCAUCGACAUGCCUUCUCUAGACAAUAGCGGCGGUAUCGCUCGGUCUUUGAGUCCCGCGUUUCUCGAGCCUGUGACGACGAGAGCCGAAUCUGUCAUCUCCUCGAUCCACACGCUACGAGAUGAUCUCUCCAGCGCAAAGAGAUGGAGGCAUAGCAAAUGGCGACACACGUUGGGCAUUUUCCUCUUAAUGUGCACCGUUUUCCUUUGGACGGCGAGCAACUUCCUCGCGAGCACAAUAUUCGCCGAUGACACGUACUCGAAGCCGUUCUUCGUCACCUAUGUCAACACGAGUUUCUUCGUCAUCCCGCUCAUCCCAAUCAUGAUACGGAAGCUGUACGAGAGUCCGGCCGAAAUAGCUAGUUUGAAAGAGUUGAUACCGACCCAGGGGGGUUACACUGGCUACUCCAUGGUCAAACCUACCGAUGAAUGUGAAGAGGACGGUGAUUCAGUUGACGGGCCAAGUGAUGCAUAUCACGAAGAUGCACCACGCUCCGAUUCUGCUGUAGAGAAUAUGGUUCUGGAUGACGAUCCUGUCGGCUCGCAUGUUCUGAGCGACGAAAUGGUUAACGAAAGACUGGGCAUUGCUGAAACGGCACGGCUGAGUCUGGAGUUUGCAUUUCUGUGGUUCGCAGCCAACUAUUUCAUGGCUGCCUGUCUCGAGUACACUACGGUUGCAUCCAGCACCAUACUCACAUCCACAAGCAGCAUCUGGACCUUGCUCAUUGGCACAAUGUGGGGAGUUGAACGCUUUUCUGUCAAGAAGCUAGGCGGCGUGCUGGCAUCGCUCGCCGGCAUCGUUCUGAUUUCUAGUAUCGACCUGAGCGGGGCGAGCGAUGAGAACCGUGGCACUUUCCCACACAAAUCUACAGGAGAGAUGGCGAUUGGCAAUACAAUGGCACUGUUCAGCGCCGUUCUGUACGGUCUCUACGCUGUAGUAAUGAAAAAGAGGAUUGGCGACGAGGGAAGAGUCAACAUGCCGUUGUUUUUUGGCCUAGUUGGUCUUUUCAAUGUCCUUCUGCUCUGGCCCUGCUUCAUCAUACUACAUUUGACCGGAAUUGAGACCUGGGAACUACCUCCGGGCGGGAAAGUUCUGACCAUUAUCAUCGUAAAUUCCUUAAGCUCUCUUGUUUCUGACUUCUGUUGGGCGUACUCAAUGCUGCUUACGAGCCCCUUGAUAGUCACAGUUGGCUUAAGCAUGACCAUUCCUCUAGCCCUCCUUGGCCAGAUGGUUCUGGACUCGCAAUACUCUAGCAUUUGGUACUGGCUUGGUGCCGCGAUCGUGUUCGGCUCCUUCAUCUUCAUCAACAAUGAAGAAAGCAAGGACGGGAAUCAGGUCGUAUUGCCACUACAUGAUUCAAUAGGAAGCAUUGGUCGAUGAAGACAAGAUGUCGACCUAAACAUGUAGAAUUUCGGAUAACAAGGUCGCAUGAUCAUGUUGUGUACCGCAUGGAGCCUUGCCGUAAAAGUGAGCACGAUGGGCAGAAUCGAAACAUAACAAGUUUCAUUCUAUGUUCGAGAAGCGAGAUUCUACUGAAUGAUAGAAAGCCUCAUAAAUGCAGCAUUCACGACGAUUACCAAGAGAUCGAAGAUUUUGCAGGACGCGAGUCGAUCUCCGGAGGAAUGAAAUGAAACCGAUCAAGCACAGCUUGGGACAUAAUGAGAUGGCAUGUCGUAUGAUAACAGUGAAGAACUUCCUGGAUACACUUUUCUUCAUGGCCUAGAAGCCUGGUUAGAAUACAGGACUGGGCAGAACUGAGGUUUUUUUAUAUUGAUACCACUAUAUUAGGCUCUUCGUUCUCAAGUUUUGUCGCCGAAGAAAAAAGGAUGGACGGGCGACGGUGACAGAAUCUUGAACGUCCUUUGCUGCCCUCGUUCCGUCAAACACGCAUCAAAGCAAUUGCAUUGCCCUCUUCUGUUCCAAAGAUCUAUAAUAUGAGGGUUGGAUGUCGUCAGACCUAAGUAUGUCGCCGAAUUCCACGUUCAUGAAGCGUCCUUAAUAAACACGAGCUGUUGGCGCAUAUUCUGGCCGACAGAGGGGCCAUUGGACAGUAGUGUCUAAUACUUCUAUAAUCGACAACCGAAUUUCAAGAAGAGCACGGGAUGCCUAUCAGGAUCAGGGAUGUCUUGCCGAACCAGGCACUGAGCAAUUUUAGAGCUAUUCGGAAUGGGAGCAUCUGCCCCCGCUACUUUGAUCGCAAGACGGUGCUAAUACUGUAGGACAUUCGCCUGUCUCACUUGCAGAUGUUUUCGAUACAGGUAAAACUCGGCAUCCUGUUCUAUUAGGUAAUGCUUCAAAGUCUCCACUUAAUAAAGUGCCGCAUUCAAGACUCGCUCCUUUGCAUUCCGCAGUAAAGUGAUCAGGCCAGCACAUGCUUGUAGCGAUCAGGUGAGCAGCGCCGAGACACGGGUGCAACGGGCGACAUUGACCAUCACGGCUCUGCUUUUUGGACAAGUAAGACAUUGCCCAUCAGCACCUUUGCCGACUCAGCGAUCAUGUGAGCUGACGAUAUCAUGCCAUUUCGGAUACGGGAUGAUUUCGGACAGCUUAGUGAUGAGGAGAGACACUUUUCUUUCUCCUGACGUAGCGCCACACAGGUGCCAGUCGGCAUCAAGUCGAUGCGUGGUCCUACGGAGUAUCACCGAAGACUGAAGGACCAAAUGCUCGGGGAGCAUGUUCCGGAGCCAUUUUACUCCUACGAUUGUUCGGGAUCUUGACGAAGAAUAACGGUAAAUCGAUUUCGAUGACGAAAAGUCGAAGCCUAGUGAGCCUGAUGACGAAGUGGAUCAAAGUAACAUCGACACGAACUGCGCGUUUUCGAAGUAGCUUUCGCCAGUGACAGCGAUCCGUGCUGUCAAAGGUCAAACUUUCUCCUUCCAAAGUUUCCGGCGAACCGUUUCUAGCGACGGGUGAAAAUGCAUGUGAGCAAGAACAACGCUGCAAGUGUGGGCGAGACGAGUUUGUAACGCAUGAAGGUUGAUGCGGGAUCAACUUCUCUACGCGCAAAAGUCGCGGUAGUGAUACGUCGCGAGAAAGUUAGACAACAUGUUCAGCUCUCAUGAUAACGUGCUGAGCCAUGACGGCCUUUGUGCAACGCAAGGGCAGAAUGGUCGUGACGGAGCCUGUUUCUCAACGGUGCAACUAGGGGCAGCAAGUGGCUCUGUCUUGAUGCUUCCAAGACUUCUAGAAUAAAACCUUCUUAGACAAAUUGAUCGACGAAUGAAAAGCCUAAACUCAACAGACAAAGCCUUUUCGAAUCAAGAGAAGUUGGUUCACCGCGAACACGUUCUUGCGCCGCGGGAAG